UCUCAUGAGAAUCUCUUCCCAAUACAUUUUCUUCUUCAAAAGCAUGUUAUAUGUGCAAGCCGAGUGGUGAUACCUAAGAGACGUACUUGGCAGAGGAACUUAGCAUGCGUCAUUACUGUAUCUCUUCUCAUUACCUGCCUGCUGGUGUCAGUCAUUAUAUAUCUUCUGCCCCAUUGCCAGUGUGUUUCUGGAAAGAAUUCGACACAGGCCUGCGACUCCGGGGAACGCGGCUGCAAUACAAAACCCAUUGUAUUGACUGAUGUGGUCGUUCUCGAGACAAUGGAAUCCCAUACAAACUUCAGUCAGGCUUGGAGCAAUGCGGAAGAAAAAGCUCGGAGGCCAGCGCACGCAUAUAUUGAGAAACAACCUGCUGUGGCCAUAUACAUGUAUACAAAGUCUAUGCUGAAGCAUUCCAACAAUAAAGUACGCACUGUGAAUGUAAGUGGACAACAAUCGAGCAAAGAUGAGACAAUUCAUAUGGAUUCAAAGCUUUAUUCUUCUCUUCGUGAAGCCAUUCAGGUUUUAAAACACAGUCAGCCAACAUGUCUCAAAACCAUCUACCGAACACAAAUGCAUUUACAGGUUGACAUUUCUAACAAGCAAGUCCGGUUUGGCUCCUUUACUUUAGCUUCUGGCAAAAGGAGCCUUGAAAGGAGCUGCACCUGUUUUAAAGUGAAUACUUGUUUUGGUGCCGACAUAAGCCAUUACUCUGCGUUGGAAACAAAUCAUCAGGUGUUUAUUCCUCCAUAUGAAGUCUUCAAAGUGUCUCGUGUUCACAUUGACGUCACAGAGGACUGUAAAGUCACCUACAAGUUGGAGAGCAACCUCAACUGCGUGUAUGACGUAAAGAGAAACAUGUUACAUCUGAUAUCUGCAUCAUCGGCGGAAGGAUUGUGGUGCAUUGUCAAUGUCACUUUUGUCAUCGCAAUUUGGCUUGUGGUCGCUCUCAUCUUUAUGAAGGCAUAUCGAAAGAAAACUCAUCGGCAUAAUGUUUCUUAUGUCCAACCAGUAACCCGCUAUCAUGCUUGACGUUGUCAUAAAAACACCAUGAUCUAAAACAAAUUUCAUUUCCA